AUGCGCUUCUUCAACGUCAUCCUCGUCGCUCUCAUGAGCAUCUUCAUCGACUCUGUCAUCGGCGCAGGCUGCUUCUCCGACAAGGCCAGCGGAAAGUGCUUGAGCAAAGCCCGUCUCGGCACUGCUAUCACCACCUACUGCAAGAACAACUGGCGCCAGACCACCACCAACUGGCGUCCCUGGAAGGACAGCAAUGGCGGCAUGGGACAGAUCGGCCAUAUCGGCGUGUUCAAAAGCGAGGCUGCCUGCCGUCAGUUGGCCAAUUCUAUUGUUGACAAGUGCUAUACUGGUCCCAAGGGUGGUGCUGCUGAGAGAGGUGGUGCCGCCAUUAACAUCGUCUGGUGCCCUUUCAACUCUAAGUAG